UUUCUAUUGGUUCUGAUUUCUGCGACUUCUAGCGACUUUUAACUUUUUCUACAUCUGGCGAUAUCUAGCGACUUUUCGAAGGCGUCAUAGCGACAAACGAAUUUAAAGAGUUGGCAACACUGUUGACUGUGUGGAAAACAUUGAUUUUGGUGAAAAUUAAAAAUGAAACUGUAAAUGAAAAUUCAGAAUAAGUAGGUAAUUAAUUUGGUGAUUACUUUUAGCUUUGGAAACUCGAUCGUAAUUAUAUCGACCUUGUUGUGCUAAUUACUCAAAGUUUACAUCACGAUAUCACUAAUCGUAAUCACACAAAGAGAAUAAUAUUCCUUUGGUGCUUUGUGUUGUGACUUGUGCGCAUUGCGCAGGUGCUGUGAGUUUUUAAAUACAGUAAUUCGCAACUGGGUGUGGUCUCUCACUCGAUACUAAAUAAAAGUUCACAAAAUGGUGUUCAAAAAAAUAAAAAUAAAAAAGAGCGAUUUCGACAAUCCUAUAAACAUCCAAGAGGCGGAGGAGCCGAAGGAGCAAUGCUACGGCGUGGCGCUGUUCGCGGUGUUCGUGGCCGGGUUCAUCGUGUUCUUCACGCUGCUGUCGUGGGCGGCCGUGCUGGAGUCCACGGCGCGCCUGCCCGCCGACGCGCCCGCCGCCCCCGUGCUCGCCUGCUACUACACCACGCCGAGCCCGCGCGCCGAGCGCGCGCUGCGCCCGCCCGCCAUCCAGCCGUUCCUCUGCACCCACAUCAACGUGGCGUUCGCGACCAUCGAGGACAACGAGAUACACCUGGAGGACCAUCAGCGACAGACCAUAUCGGAAGUCGUCAAAUUGAAGGAGAUCAAUCCCGAUUUGAAAGUUCUCCUCUCGGUGGGCGGUGCGGGGAGCCACAGUGGAUUUCAGAGCAUGGUGUUCAACCACACUUGCCGGAAAACAUUCAUAAGAUCCAUCAAGUACAUCCUCCGAAACCUGACCCUGGACGGUAUCGACCUGGACUGGGAGUUCCCCGCGGUGGAUUUUCAGAGCGAGUCCAGCAAGCGGGAGAGACAACACUUCUCCCAGCUGCUGCGCGAGAUCAGGACGGAGUACCGCAGGGAGAAGCGGAACUACCUGCUGACGGUGGCGGCCGCCGCGCCGCAGAUCAUCGUGGACGCGGCCUACGACGUGGACCAGCUCAACCUGUACACCGACUUCGUCAACAUCAUGACGUACGACUUCCACACCUUCACGCGCUUCACGCCGCUCACGGGGCUCAACUCGCCGCUGUACGCGCGCGCCGGCGAGGAGCUGUACCCCGCCACGCUCAACAUCAACUACACCGUGCAGAUGUACAGGAGCAAGGGCCUGCACCCCAGCAAGAUCGUAGUGGGCAUUCCCACCUACGGCCAUUCCUUCACCCUGAUGAACAGCGAGAACACCAACGUGGGCAGCCCCGCACUCGGCUUCGGAAAGCUGGGCGAGCUGGGCUUCAUCACCUACACACAAGUGUGCGCGUUCUUAGACACGCUCGGAAAUGAGUCCCAGAUACACAUGGACGAGGAGGCCAUGGUGCCGUACUUCUACCGGAACACAGAGUGGGUGUCCUACGAGAACCCCGACAGUGUGCUUGCGAAGGCGGCCUACAUAAGGAGGAGCAAGCUGCGCGGCGCGAUGGUGUUCUCGCUGAACGCCGACGACUACGAGAACGCGUGCAUCGUGUCCGACAUGGGCAAGUUCCCCCUCACCUUCUGUGUCAAGCAAAGCCUCGGAAUCAAUUUAAAAUAUUCAAAUUAGUUAAUUGUCAGAAGGCACGGAAGGGAGAGUGGACGACAGACAGAACGUUAGUUUACCUUCUUCUUCCUGGACACGUAGGUGAUUUUGUACAUGGCGCAGGAUCUCAUAGCUGCAGUCGGCGCGACACUGCGCGCGCGCGGCUCAUGGUGGGCGCGCCCACGCGCUGCUCGGGCGGCGGGCUCGGCGCGCACUGCGCGCACGCGUCCACUUCAUUACCUUACUUUUACAAUUAGAAAAAAUGUAAGAAACCGUACGUUUGAAGUGGGAGUUUCCACUCCAGCGGGCGCCAACACGCUCGUUUGAGUACUUAGUAUUAACUACCAUAAUAAUUAUAAACAGUAUAUCGACAGUUAUGUAUAACUAGAUGUUAAAUGUAUUCCAUAGCUAAUUACAUUUUUUUUUUGCAUUUCAAAUUAAAAACAAUGACUAUCGUCCUUUAUUUAUGUUUUAAUAUAAGUUAAAUAAAUUAAAUAAUUUAUUAUGUUGAGGCUGUGAAUCUGUUAUUUUUGUGUUGUGAAUUAUUUGUAAAUACACUUCUUAUUGUAUUAUUGUUUACAUUGCAGUACAAUAAAGGAUUUUUAACU